AUGGCCGCCGCCACCUCGGCCGCAUCCUUCUCGUCCCGGGCGGCCGCCGCCCAAUUGCCUCGCGCCGCCUCGGCCGCGGCCCGCAGGGGGUUUGUCUCCUUCGGCGGGGCCACCGCCCGCCCGUCCGCGCUCCGAUCCGGCUGCGCCGUCUGGGCAGCCGCCGGCGGUUUCUCCUCUGGCGUGUGCACCCAUGUUGCUGCUGUUGAACAAGCAGUUGUGCAGGAUGCUACAAAGCCGGAAGCUCCAGUUGCUGUCGUUACAGGUGCUUCCAGAGGGAUUGGAAAAGCCAUUGCAUUGACUCUUGGAAAAGCUGGAUGCAAGGUCCUAGUGAAUUAUGCACGAUCCUCCAAAGAGGCUGAAGCAGUCUCCAAAGAGAUUGAAGCAGCUGGUGGUCAGGCUAUUACCUUUGGAGGAGAUGUUUCUAAAGAAGCUGAUGUAGAAUCUAUGAUGAAAGCAGCUCUUGAUAAAUGGGGAACAAUUGACAUCCUGGUAAAUAAUGCAGGGAUUACGCGAGACACGUUGUUGACGUGGAUGGCGGAAUCCCAGUGGCAAGAAGUAAUUGGUCUAAAUCUUACUGGUGUUUUUCUCUGUACAAAGGCUGCCACAAAAAUAAUGACGAAGAAAAAGAAGGGAAGAGUCAUCAACAUAGCAUCAGUCGUUGGUCUUACUGGCAAUGCUGGGCAGGCUAAUUACAGUGCUGCCAAGGCUGGGGUCAUUGGUUUCACAAAAGCAGUUGCUACGGAAUUGGCAAGCAGGAAUAUCAAUGUGAAUGCAAUCGCACCUGGAUUCAUCGCAUCAGACAUGACCGCUGAACUUGGAGAGGAGCUUGAGAAGAGAAUCUUGUCGACUAUUCCCUUGGGGAGGUAUGUCCAGCCAUUGGAAGUUGCUGGGUUGGUUGAGUUCUUGGCCCUGAAUCCUGCGGCCAGCUACAUCACCGGACAGGUGUUUGUCAUCGAUGGUGGGAUGGUAAUGUGA